AUACAAGUUCAUGGCAAGCGUCAGCUCUUACUUGUUUACAUCCUGUUGUUACUCUAGCAGACUUGUUUCAACCGUGCGACUUUUUGAAUGGGGCUGUGCGAAUGAAUGAGACAUGAAUAGUUUUGUGCAUGCAAUUGUGUAUGAAUUUAAAUUUUAAUCGAGCUGCAACAGAAUCGCCAUCUGGGACAAAUAAAGUCUUAUCUACUGACAGCUACUGUAGCCAUUCGCUAAACCGGAAGCUGUUUUCUCCAGAGCCUCGUUUUAGUAAAUUGAAGAGAGGAAAAAAAAAAAAAAAAGUCGUCUGCAACAAGCGAGCCCAGUCAUAAAAGUUUGUAGUUGAAGGUUUUGAGAACAAACAAGUUCCGCUUUCUCCAUAAUAAGUUCCAAACUACUGCUUAGCUUCAGCCUGCAUUUCCGGGAUACAUUGUUUACAAGCUCAACGCGUGCCGACCGACUAAACAUAUUUAAAAAAAACACGUUAAAGCACUAAAAUGGACAUGACUUCGUUUGCUUGCCCUUUGAGCAUCGUAUGUGCUGCGAUAGGUGGUUAUUUACUAUUAAGGCAUUACAUAAGUGGGGGAUGGUUCUUUGGCAAAGAACGCAUUCCAGGCAAAACAGUGAUCAUCACUGGAGCAAACACAGGGAUUGGAAAAGAAACAGCUUUAGAACUGGCUCGACGAGGUGGUCGAGUUAUACUUGCCUGUCGUGACAUGGUAAAAGCACAGAGUGCUUGUGAAGAAAUUAAAAGAGAGACUGGAAGCAAUAAUGUUGUGAUAAAGAAGCUCGAUCUUGCAAGCAUGAAAUCUAUCAGAGAAUUUGCUGACGACAUCAAUACUAAUGAACAGCAGGUGAACAUUCUCAUCAACAAUGCAGGUAUCAUGUUGUGUCCCAAGAUGGUUACAGAGGAUGGUUUUGAGAUGCAGCUGGGUGUCAAUCAUCUUGGCCAUUUCCUGCUCACCAUGCUGCUGCUGGAGAAGAUCAAGGCAUCAGCUCCCAGUCGCAUUGUUAAUUUGUCCAGUCUGGCGCACCAACAUGGUGUUAUCAACUUUGAUGAUCUGAACAGCGAGAGAUCAUAUAGCCCAUUAUACGCUUAUGUGCAGAGCAAGCUUGCCAAUGUGCUGUUUACUCAUGAACUUGCAAAAAGACUGGAAAAUACAGGAGUCACAGUAUACGCCGUGCACCCUGGUGUGGUGGACACUGAACUUACUCGACAUUUAUUUAUCUUUAAGUGGGAGAUAGGCCGCAUUCUAAUGAAACCCAUCUGUUGGCUCUGGCUUAAGUCACCCAAACAGGGAGCACAAACUACACUGUACUGUGCACUGGCAUCAGAGUUAGAAGGGGUGUCAGGAAAAUACUACAGUGACUGCAAGGAGAAGUCACCUUCCAAAGCAGCUCAAGAUGAUGAAGCAGCCAAGAAGUUGUGGGCUGUCAGUGAAAAGUGGACUCUGCUUUCACAGUCCUGAACAUCCUAAGACUGGAACUUGCCUCCUAGAACACCUUGCCUGCUAUGGUGCUCUUUUGUAAUGUUACACGUAACGUUUUCUCCUUUAAAAUGACACAGGGUUAGCUUAAUUGGCUAUUAUUAUAGAUUUAUACAGGAACUAACUCUUCAGAUGAUCAGUACAUAUGUAGCGUGGUAAACAGAGAUGCUGUUUUAAAAUGCAAGAUUGUUAUCUAUUGUGCGUGAUUUCUCCAAAAAAGUUGCAGUUAAGCACAAACAGUCGGUCACAAUAAUUUUAUUUCUGUAGACACGUGACGUCUGCAGAAAGUUGUUAAUAAAGAACAAUCAACUGAUGCAUGCUGGUAACAAGAUACCAAUGAACAGUCGCCGAUCAUUUCCACCAAAAACCACAUUGCCCUGGCUAUAUUGACCUCCUGCCUGAGUGAAAUUGACUCCGCCAUGAGCAUUAUUCUUACCUAAUACAACAUCGUCCCAAACUGAAAGUCGAAUUGAUCAGGCAUAGGCUGAAAGGAGUAACAAGGAGUAACACCUGUUUUCUGUUAACAGAAUGUCUGUAUAUACAUUUAAUUAUAACCUCCAAACUAAAGAAUAAUGACAACAAAGCCUUUAAAAAAAAUACUUAAGAGAAAAUUGCAUUAUGUGCCUUUGUGUGGUAUGUUCAGUGAACAUAAUAUUGCUUAGUGACCAUUUUUAUUUAGUGAGAUGGAACGUGCAUGGCUCUGUUGACAAUAUUUGACAUUAUUAUCUGUUCCUGUUGUUGAUCAACUUCUCUUUUGAGUCUGAAUGGAAUUGGCUUUCGGUAUUGGGACGAUAUGGUAACUAUGACUGCAGCGAUGUUUGGGUCAAAUGACAGGUAUAGAGCAAGCAGUCUAUUUCAAAAUUUCAAAAUUUCUGCAAAAAUCAUAACAUAGGGUAAGGUGUAAAUGUCCAUAAUUUUUUACAACAUGCAACUUUUGCAAAAAACAGUCAUAAUAGAGAUGCCAUUUAUAUAGGAAAAUACGUCUAUAUAUAAUUUUUGGGUUGUAGCAAAGACGGGGUCGUAAUCUUGAAGGUCUUAAUAAGGUUUUACUGUAUUAAUAAUUCAAGAAUUUUCGAUAGCUCAGCAUCACAUUUGAAUGGGAGCAUGCUCUCCAAAUGUUACAGUUCAGUCCAUCAUGGUCAACAUGAAAAUGAAGCUAGUAGAUGUGUUAACUUCUCAAAAAAUGGGAACAAAAAUCAACCUAUGAAAAACAUCACAUUAUCAGUAACCCUACAUUAUCAGUAUUCCUUCUGAAGGUUAAUGCCAUGAUUUUUAUCUGUUUAUGUUUUAAUAAUCAGAUAUGCUUUAGAUUUACUUAAUAAGUGCCUUAUACAUUGCAAUUCUUUGUCAUAUCAAUGAUCAUCUUAAAAUUCUUUCAGCAGAAUUUGUGUACAGUUGCUGUAGAAAAUUUUAUGUUGAUGAUCGUCUGUAGAUAGUUGAAUACUGCCAUCAAAUCUUUUAAAUGUGCACUAAAAAUACAUUUGUUCCAUGAUCAUUACUCCUUACACCAAAUUUCUGAUCCUUUCACUUUUUUGCCUAUUGAUGAGUUGUCAAUAGUUAUGAUUAUAGUCUAUCAAUUAGUCGACUUGCUCAUCUCGUCAUCAGAUUAUUGAUACUCCCCAUCUUUACUGUUUAUUUCCUGAUACCUCUUUGUCUUAUAUUUCUGCAUGGUUCUUUCUCCUUCCGUAUGCUGUAGCGGCCCGGUGGCGCAACGGUUAGCGCCUGUCACCAAUACAGUAAAGGUUUGCUGCCCAGAGUUCGUUUCUCAUCUCGGGCACGCUGUUCUUUCUCUGCAUGUGGCAUCUGUUUACAGUGCUGGCUGCUUGCCGUAAUAUAGCCUUAGCUGCUGACACGGCGUAAAACACCAAUGCCCCCCCCCUCCUUCCGUAUGCUGUCUCCUUGUGUUGAGCACUGAGAGCAUGGGCCUAAAUAAGUGUGACCAUGUAUUGUAUAUAUGUCACAUGUUUAUCACCAUUAUAUUGCAUGUACAUGAUUGUAUGCUUUAGGUUGUCAGGGCUUCUGCUAAGGCUAAAUUCUUUGGGGUCCCAGGGACCCCUUCUUCAGACUUUUAAGGGGUCCCUGUUCUUUGCCCAAAUUUGAAGGGGACCCCAUUGACGAAAAUUGAAGGGGUCCU